AUGGACCGAGGGGACUGGGCCGUCGUCGCGGACGAUUCCGAGAGAACGACGACGCGGCCGUCGCCGUCGCCCGCCGCCGCCGGAGACGACGACGACGACGACGACGCGAUGGACGUCGGCGGCGGCGCGAAGAGACCGCGUCCGCUGAAGAAGAAGGAGAAGCAGGAGCUCGUGAAGACGUUGAUGUCGCACGGGCUGUGUCGCGUCCGCGGCGGAGGCGCGGACUGGGCGCGGAUAUUGGAGCUGUCCGGGCUUCGAGGACACACGGAAGCGGACGUCGCGGCGGCGUUCAACGAGAUCGCGACGGAGAUGGACGCGCUCGCGUCGGCGACGAAGGGGAUUCUGAACCUCAAGAAGCGUCUGCCCGGGAAGAUUCACAAGGAGAAUUGCGGCUGCAUCGUGUGUAAGAUGCGACGCCGGAAAGAAGCCGAGGGCGGCGGCGGCGGCGGCGAUGACGGCGCCGAGGGCGGCGGCGGCGGCGGAAGCCAAGACGCCGAGCCGACGACCCCGGGGAGCGUCGCGACGUCGCAAGGAGACGACGACGACGACGAAUUCGGCGACGACGACGACGACAACGACGACGACACCGACGGCGGCACCGGCGGCGGCACCGGCGCGAGCACCCCCGCCCAGGGCGGCGGCGCGACGCACCACGACGACACUCUUCAAGCGAAAGAAGAGCUCGAGAAGAUCCUCGACCUGCACAAGUCGAAGAAAGGGCGCGUCCUCACGGCGACGAACGCGUCGCGUCUCAACGACCGCCUCAAUCUGAUGCAGACGCUCAGAAACGCGUGUGACGCCGUCGGCGGGAACCUCGCGUCGCUUCGACUGCCGCCGGUUCGAACCGGGGACAUCCCGGUGUGGUGGACGACCGGCGUGCACGACAUCGGGUUGGUCGCCGCCGCGCUGAAGUACGGUCUGAGCGACUGGGACGCCGCGCGCGAGGACCCGGACCUGCCGUUCCGCGACCUGGGGAAGGACGACGGCGGCGAUGGCGGCGGCGGCGGCGACGACGCGGUCGCGAUGGACGCCGACGGCGACGCCGAGCGCGCCGAAAAGACGACGCCCACCGCCGCGCCGCGUCUGAACGCGCCGAAGAAGCGCCCGACGACGAAGGCGUUGCCCGCGCCGCGCGUGCUGGUCCGUGUGUUGAAAGUCUACGCCAACGCGUUGCGGCGGAAGCCGUGGAAACCCGGGUCGACGCCCGGGACGACGCGCGAGAGGGAGGGGCCGAGCCCGAAGAGGCGGCGCGGCGCGGCGGCGUGCCCGGACGGUUCGCCGACGCCGAUGGAGGAGGGGGGGGAGUAGAGCGACGUAGCGCGAGCGCGCGAGCGCGUAGUACGCGUCGAGUCGACGACGAGUGAACGAAAAACGUUUCGAGUUCGCGC